AUGGCAACCCCUACGAGGAAAGAAACCACCAACGCGACAUCCUCAAAAGAAACCAAACCUAUCAUCAUUUCUCCAUCAUAUACAACGAACACACCCUCCGAAUCCUUCCCGAACAUUUCUUACGGCGUCGUGUCAUGGCACACGCUCUUCUCACAGCCCCAAACUCCAAACUCAGACCUAAGUGCCGGUAUAGCAGUAUGCCCCCCGAAAAACGGACAUCUAUGCGCCCACCGCCAUGAACAGGCUGAAAUCUACUAUAUCAUUGAAGGAGAAGGAGAAGUCACGAUUGAUGGAGUAAAGAGCCAGGUCACGCAGGGGAGUUCGGUGUUUAUUCCCUCUCAUGCAGAGCAUGGGAUUGCGAACACGGGGUCUGGAGACCUGAGAUGGUUUUAUGUAUUUCCGACGGCUGCGUUUGGGGAUGUGGUUUAUCGGUUUACGAAGGACGAGCCCGUUGGGGUGCAGCUUGGAAUUUGGGAUUGA